GGUCGCGGCGGGCCCUGAGAGACGCCUCUUCGCUCGGGCCGCGGAAUGGCGGCGGCGGCGGCGGCGGCGGCGGCGACGAGUCGGUGCUGGGCGGCGCUGGGCCGGGCGCGGGCCUCCUCUUCCUGCCUGCGCUGGGGGCUGCGGGCCCCGGCCUGGGCGGCUCUCGGGGCGAGGCCGGAGCUGCUGCUGCUGCCCCCGCGGCGCUGCCUCUCCUCCCGGAAUCGCCCCGAGGGCAAAGUCUUGGAGACAGUCGGGGUCUUCGAAGUGCCAAAGCAGCAUGGCAAAUAUGAGACGGGACAGCUCUUCCUCCACAGUAUAUUCGGAUACCGGGGGAUUGUCCUCUUCCCUUGGCAAGCCAGGUUGUACGACCGAGACGUCGCUUCUCCUGUGCCGGAAAAGAGUGAGUCUGCAGCUGGACACGGAUCCAAAGAAGUGAAAGGCAAGACACACACUUACUAUCAGGUCCUGAUCGAUGCUCGCGAUUGUCCACACAUAUCUCAGAGAUCCCAAACGGAAGCCGUGACGUUCUUGGCCAACCACGACGACAGCCGAGCCCUCUAUGCAAUCCCAGGACUGGACUACGUGAGCCACGAGGACAUCCUGCCCUACACGUCCACGGAUCAGGUGCCCAUCCAGCACGAGCUCUUUGAACGGUUCCUCCUGUACGACCAGACAAAAGCUCCCCCAUUCGUGGCGAGGGACACGCUCUGCGCCUGGCAGGAGAAGAACCACCCGUGGCUGGAGCUCUCCGACGUGCACCGGGAGACCACCGAGAACAUCCGGGUCACCGUCAUCCCCUUCUACAUGGGCAUGCGGGAAGCGCAGAAUUCUCACGUCUACUGGUGGCGCUACUGCAUCCGCCUGGAAAACCUCAACAACGAAGUUGUGCAGCUCCGAGAACGGCACUGGAGGAUAUUCAGCCUGUCUGGCACCCUGGAGACCGUCCGUGGCCGGGGAGUGGUGGGCCGGGAGCCAGUCCUGUCCAAAGAGCAGCCGGCCUUCCAGUACAGCAGCCACGUCUCCUUGCAGGCAUCCAGCGGGCACAUGUGGGGCACCUUCCGCUUUGAGAGACCCGACGGCUCCCACUUCGAUGUCCGGAUCCCUCCCUUCUCCCUGGAGAGCAAUAAGGAUGAGAAGACGCCCCCUUCUGGCCUCCACUGGUAGAGCGGCCUUAGGAAGCCAGCCCCCCCCCUUCCUCUCUUUGGCCCCCUCUGGACAGUUUUCUCCUCCCAGGACCCCUCAAGGGCUGAGCCUUGUCCCAGGCUCCGAAAAGGGUCCCUCCCGCCCCCGUCUCCACCCUGGACAGUGGCCGAAAGGGGCCCCUUUGGACCUCGAGGGGGGAGCCUGGGCUUUGGCUGCCUCUGCCUUCCCAGCUUGGGGGCCCCUGGAGCCAAGCUGCCCCCGACGGAAGCCGGCAAGCUCUCCAAAGGCCUGUGGACUCUUCCAGACGUGAGGUGGGGGCGUGUUUCUCCGUUAAAUAAACCAGCCUCCCUGUUACGGCUCCAUCGUCCUUGUCCCCUCUCUGUCCAUCGGUGCCCCCUCCCGGGGGGGGGAGCAGGGGCAGCAGGCGCUUACGCCCAGGUCCUUCUGGCGCUUGAGUGGCAUUGUGCCCCACUCGACCGACCCUCUGCCUCUUGGCCAGGCCAGUUGGCACCCGGCUCCUUAGACCCCCCUCCCCGGCUUUCCUGCUUUCAGUCUCGCCCCCCUCCUCUUAAGGUGUUGUGAAUGGUGGCCAGGGGACUCUGGGGGGGGGGGGCAGCUGCUGCCACCCCGGGUGAAGUAAAGCGCCGCUGACCCCACAAGCAGGAAGCUGACCUUUCUGACGCAGCCGGGAGGCCAGAGAUUCCCUCCAGCCACACAGGGGGCACACGGCUGGGAAGCCCGUUCCUCGGCCACCCCCAGCUUCUGGGAGUCCUCACCCAGCGUGCCACGGAGAGGACCUCGGCGCUUGUAAUAAAAGGCGGACU